UCUCGGGGUUCUGAUUAUAGCCGAAGCAAAACUGUCGGAUUUUCUUCAGCUCGCAAUUGUUUCUGUCUUGCUCGAAAAGCCGGAGUCUCGCCAUAGGCCCCAGCGGACCUACGUUUAAAGUCGAAAUGUCGUCGGAAGAGUUUGAGAAGCUGCAUGAGAUGUACAGGUCGCUGUAUGACGAGCUGAAGCUCAUUCCGGAGAGGGCUUUGACCAGCCACGGAGAAGAGAGGAAGAAGCUGGUGAGGACAUUUGACGAGAGACAGGGGGAGGCUGAGGAAGUGUUACAAGGAAUGGAAGAGGAGUUGCGUGGUGCUCCUUCUUCGUACAGAAACGCGAUGAGUGCAAAGCUGCGCCUCUACCGCCGGGAUCUCGGCAAGCUGCAGAGGGACAUGAAAACCUCGGCGCCAGGGUUCAGCUCCUCGUCCCAGACAGUCCAGGGAAGCCAUCCGAGCAUUUACUCGUCUCAAAAUCAACAAAGUACACACUUGCAGUCCCAGAGAGCUCUUCUACUCCAGGGAACGGAGUACCUGAACAACGCCAGCCAGAGCAUCGAGCGAAGCCAGCGCAUCGCCGCCGAGACGGAUCAGAUCGGCACGGAUAUUAUCGAGGAGCUGGGAGAGCAGCGGGAGCAGCUGGACCGGACCAGAGACAGACUAAUGAAUACAGGAGAGAACCUCAGCCGGAGUAGAAAAAUCCUUCGUUCCAUGUCACGACGCCUGAUGACGAACAAGCUGCUGUUGGCCGUCAUCAUUCUGAUGGAGCUGGGCAUUCUGGGUGCUGUGAUCUACCUGAAGUUCUUCCGAAAAUGAAGAGAACAAUGUCACCUGCAAACAGGCGGAGCUCUGAAUCCAGAGCAAGCAAAAUCCCGUGGACGUUAAACUAAACACUCUCUUUCAGCUGUUCGGUAGCAAUAAUACUACGAAGUGAUGAACUUUUUCUAAGACUUGGUCUGUAUCCAUCGGCUAUUGGGACGAGGGUGUUGAAUAUUCAAAGCCGCUAAUGGGGCAAACCCGCAGAAACGACCCCGAACAGACAUUUGCGCUCUUCUCGCCGUCUCUUAACGCCAGUGAUGUCCAGCAGGACGAUGAUCUGGACAUGUGCGCCGGGUGCCACGAAGCUGCAUCAACCCUCCUUGCCUAUCGUUGAAGGAAAGUGAAAACUGACAAGAGAUAGAAAUCAAAGAAUUGACACCAGCAGACUUUGUUUUUGCGGCGUUGUGCCGGUUUUCCAAAUCAGAGCAACGCCCCAAAACCAUUAGAUGCUGAAUGUGAACUGGGAGUGAAUGGAAGGCCUUCAUGCAGCUGCUUUAUUCCUACAGUAACUGUACAUUGAAUCAGUGUACUCUCAGGAGUCCUUAUUUAAAAGUAUUCAUGUAAUUAAAGAUUGUAUUUGACCUCA